UUGUUUUGGUCCUCCUCCUCCUCCUCCUCGCUAGGGUUUACUAGCUGCUCUUCAUCCACUUGUGUUCCUGUGAUCGGAUUGUUGUGGGACAACUAAAGGAAAUGAAGAAGUUUUUCGAAGACAUUAAGAAGGACAUGAAAUUUAAAACUGCGGGACCUGGGAAGAAACUAACAGAAGACAGCAGCAGCAGCAAGCCCGACAAAGUGCAGAGCAGCUCCAGUGCCAAGAACAACCGCCAUGCUCCCAGUGAAGGAGCGCAGAGAGCUGGAGCUGCAGCCCUGGCCAGGAUUGAACAUCACCCGCGGCCGAAGGUCCACACCUCUCAGGACGCCAUCAGGAACCAGGUUAAAAGAGAACUGGAGGCAGAGGCGGCUGCACUGGCUGAAAAAGUAAAUGCAGCUACAGCAGAGGGGUCCAAAGUGCCAGUGAAAGAUCCCGCCUGCCUCUCAGUGUCAGGUGUGUAUUUCACCUGUCCGCUAACUGGAGCCACUUUAACUAAGAGUGAGAGGGAGGUACACAUUAAAGAGGCCAUUUUCAUGCGGUUUGAGGAGGAUGACAUUGAGGCCUCUGUUAUGAUGGUCCACACAUUUAACAAAGACAGAGAGAAAGUGAAGGCUGCUGUGGACAUCAUAAGCAAGUAUGUUGACAAUAUAUGUAAGAAUCCCACAGAGGAGAAAUACAGGAAGAUUAAACUCAGCAACAAGGUGUUCCAGGAUAAAGUUCGUUCUGUGGAGGGCACUAGAGAGUUCCUGCAGGCGCUGGGCUUCAUUAGCAUUAUGCUUCCUAUAGAGGGUCAAGAGGAGGAAGAGGAGUUCCUGGUGUUACCAGAGCAGAGUCCCGAUGCCCUGGAGCUGAUGAAGGAGAGGAGGGAUCGUCUCCAGAGAGGAGAGCCGGUCAGAGCUCAGCUGGACAGGCAGCCUCAAGUGUUCAGACCCUCUCCCAACGCCCAACGCUUCGAGCUGCCACCGGAAUUCUACAACCUGACAGCGGAGGAGCUGAAGAAAGAGCAACAGCAGAGGAGUGAGUUGGUUGAGAAGAAUGCCAUGCUGCGCACUAAGGCCAUGAGGGAGAAAGAGGAGCAGAGGGAGAGAAGGAAAUACAACUACACCCUGCUCAGGAUCAGACUGCCUGAUGGAAACCUGCUACAAGGGACCUUUUAUGCGUGGGACCGGCUUCCUGUGCUGUUUGGGUUUGUACGGGAGUCCUUGGUGGACGGCUGGCAGCCCUUUGAGCUCAUUGCUCCUGGAAGUCAGAAACUACAAGAGUCUGAUGAAGUCGCUCUUGCUGAGUGUAACUUGGUCCCGGCAGCUCUGAUCACAUUUUCCUGGGAUGCAGCUGUGCAGGCGGAUAUUGCAGCUGCAGGUGGAAAGAGCCCCGCCCUCCUCAAACCAGAGCUGCUGGAAACCAUCCGCACCCUGAGCUGAGCGACGUUCGGUCCCUGAACCAC